AUGGUCGAGAACGGGCCCCACCGAGAGAUGGCCAUCGACGCUGGGGCGGUGAAUGGUAACGCGGGGAGCCCCGGUAAGCCAGUGCCACCCCCUCGGGAACCCCCCAGGCCACCCCCUGCCCCCAGGAACAUCAACAACAAUAGCACAGCAGAGCCUAGCAAAGAACCGACCAAGCAACAGUUGGACUCCAUCAAGAAGUAUCAGGUGGUCAUGACUGUAGCCUGUAAUGAUGUAAGCACUAAGAAGGAGAAUCUGCGUGUUCCAAGACAAGUCCGCACUUCCUCGACAGAUAUCCCUGUCAUCGUUAAGGGAGUCCCUUGA